AUGGACAAGCUGGUCGUGUGCCUGAUCCACGGCUACGCCAUCGGCGGCGGCCUGCAAUUGGCGCUCGCUUGCGACAUCCGGGUGUGCACGCGAUCGGCCAGGAUGGGCCUUCCGGCAAUCAAGGAAGGACUGAUCCCCGGCCUCGGCACCUUUCGCCUCGCGCGCUACGUCGGACUCGGCCGCGCCAAGUCGCUGAUCAUCCGCGGCAACAUGAUCGACGGCGCCGAGGCGGAACGUAUCGGGCUGGUCGACCAUCUGGUCGGCGACGACACCGCGUUCGAGGAGUUCGAGAACUGGCUCGCCGAGUACGCGUCGUCCAAUUCGGCCGGCUGCCGCGCGUCGAAGCAGAUGCUGGCCGACUGCUUCGACCUCGGCUGGGAAGCCUUCUUCCACAAGUACCUGGUGCUGCAGGAAAAGGCGGUGGCCGCACCCGACUUUGCGGAGGCAAUGGAUGCCUACAAGGCCGGCCGCAAUCCACGCUGGGAGUAG